CAAGAUGCUGCUCAUUGCGUCCGACGACUCGGCCCUGCACAAAGCGUUUGAGCACUAUGAGGAGACCGGAGACCUGGACACGCUGCUGAACCUGCAGGUGAACUCCAAGAAAUCGUUCGCCGGCUUGCCGCCGCUCUCCACGGAAGCCUUCGACUUCCAGCUCACGCAGAACAUUGAAAACGAGCUGGACCUGCUUUCCAUGCGAAGCUUCAACGUUGGAGGAGGUGCCAACUCGCCGGCGAACCAGGCACCGUCCCCUGUCGCUGCUCCGCCAGUAAGUACCGGGAGCAACAGCAGCGUCGCUGUUAACGAGCCAAUCCCGUUCUCAGCAAACACGAAUGGUGACGCCCUGGACCCGUUAGAUGUGUUGCUAGACUCGACGCUGGACUCGCUGCCGAUGCCCAUAGGCCACGGCGACGACCAGAACCUGCCGUCAGCACUGCCUGGCGAUCUGCAUGGCAUGGAGGAGUGGCUUAAGGAUUAGAUAAUGGUGUGAACAGUCUGGUGUGGGGUGGGUCGGUGAGUCCAAUACGCAAGCAGAGACACAAGAUACUGUAGAGAACUUGCAGAUCAAAGCACUGUGUGAGGCCAAAAAGCAAACCGAACAAGACCCAGAGGAGUAAGU